UGCUCGGCUCCCCCCUCCUCCGUCUCCGGUUCCAAUCUUCUCUCUGAAAACUCUUCCCAAAUUCUCAUCUUUUUCGGCAACUGCUGCUGCCGCUGCUUCCUCCUCCUUCCUCUUGGCGAUUCAUCUCCACAAUUCGUCCCCCCUCCUCUUCGGCUUCGGCGGCGGCGGCGGCGGCGGGGACGACGGAGCACAUCCGAGAACCCAGGCUGCCAGGACCAGCGGCCACUUCAAGCUUGCUUCUUGGCGCUUCUUGUUCUUCUGCUGCUUCGGCCCAGCGCGAGAUCCAUCUGAGCCGGGCUGAGCUUCCCCAACAUUAGGGAGCGAGAUGGACACCACCCAAUUCGCCAUGAUUGAGGAGCUGGCCUCGCUCGUCAAGGACAACCUCUACAGCAAGCACCUCGUCCUCUCCACCGAGGAGGCCCUCGUCACUCUCCUACAGCACAACUAUCUCGAUGACGACGAUGAACACGACCGCACCACAACCGGAGCAAGUCACGGGGCAGCUGGGAAUACCAUGGAGCUCCAGCCCACCAGCUCCUACAACCGCCUCCUUUUGCAUCGUCUCGCCGACAUAUAUGGGUUCGCUCAUGAAUCUGUUGGCGAGGGCGAGGACCGGCAUUUGGUUCUACAGCGCUGCCCUGAGACAGCCAUCCCUCCUGUCCUUGUCAGCGAUGUGUUAUGGAAUUAUGACGACAGUGAUGGCCCUUCAGCCUCUCUUAUGCUAGCGAGAAAUGAGACAGAUCUUCAGAAAACUUAUGAGCCAGAAGAUGUCCAAGACGCUAUUUCUCUUGAAAGCUUGCAUCUGAAAACUGAUACACCAGUUUCAAAGCCUUUGCAGCAGUCGGUGCCACUUUCAGCAGCAUCGCUCAAGGAGAGAGAGGCUGCUUAUCGGGCUGCUCGUGAGCGAAUCUUCUCUACACAUGAAGCCAAGGGAAAGGACACAUCAGCGGCAAAAUCUAGGCACGUUCCUGCUGUUGCUCAACGGAUGAUUGCACACGCACUUGGUAAGAGAGUUGAAGAUCCAACAGAGAGAGCUGCCUUGGUGAACGUCAAAGGCAAGGAACUGGUAAAUGGACGAACUAGCAUGGAUAACCAGCAUGCAGUUAAACCAGAUAAUAAAGAAGCUGCGAAACACAACUUAAGCUCACCUGGUGGUGGUCCGUAUUGGAACCUAUCUAGUCAAGGCCGUCCUACUCCUACUGUUAGCGCCGAGACGCUGAAGAAAGAACAGACUGGAGCCGCUAAAAGGAUGUUUGCACAUGCAUUGCGGCUUCCUGGCGUUGAAAUAUCCAAUGGCGCAGCACGAAAACCCAAGUAAGAAGAGCUGGAGAUGAAUGAAACACCGAGGAUGCAUGAGCUGGGGCUGCCUUGUCUGCCGUGCGAUUGAGCUGCAAGUCUUUGCAGUGCCAGCCUGCACUUAUGGAAUGGCGCUUGUGAUGGAUGUUAGAAGCAGAUGAAAGGAUUGGCUGUUGAACUCAGCCAGUGUGAGACAAUGAUGCACUGUAACUUUUUGCCUCCCUUGACUGGAGUUGAGUCGAAGAAAAACCGAGGCUGUGCUGCGAGAAGGCUGGAACCACAGUGGCCGUUCUCUGUUAGAAUUGUGCUAGUAAGUAGUAAUGUUGAUUUGCUUGCCAACAGAAAGAAAUAUUCUUGCUAGUGCCUACCCAAAUCUAUUCAGUGUUUUUGGCUCUCCAACCUGCUGUAUCGUUCCUGUAUACAACCAUUAUGGUCCUGUUUGAAACCACCCAGAUUAUAUAAUCCAGUUUUUAUAA